AACAACCUUCAAGUCCAAAACAAUAAUAUAAUCAAUAGAGGAAAGGAGUACAGGAAAAGGCUACUUGGGCAGGUAGAUCUUUCCAUGAAAACUAAGCAUAAAGCUGGAGGCAGAGAGAAGAGAGAAGAGAGAGGAGAUAGAAAGGGAAAAGGAAGAGAGAGGAGAUAGAAAGGGAGGUUGGCUUUGUAGGGUUUGGGGGGCGCUUUCUGGGGAAGGGGCCAAAUCCAAGCACCAAUAGCAGGAUGCCAAAGUAAACAACAAAAAAAUGAUUGAUUUGAAUAAAAUUGUAAUUUAAAAAUUAUAAUUUUAUGAUUAUAUGAUAUGGCGGACAACAAGGACAGGCAGAAGCAGCAGCAGGUGCAGCGGCAGAGAAAAAUGAAGCUGCUGCUUAGGCCACAAUAUUCUUCUCCUUUACAUCUACGAGAAAGAGAAAUUCGAACUUAUAGGAAUAGUGAAGAGGAGGAGGAAGAGGAGGAGGAGGAGGAAGAGGAUGAUGAUGUGGCUCCCUUGCGCUCAAGGCAUGGCCGUGCCGGCCACUCCGAUCCGCCUGCUUCGUCCAACAAUUCCAAGUCAUCAUCAUCGCCUUCAAAGAAGAAGCAGCGCAAACUCAAGGAACUAUCUCGCCCUGGGCCUAAUGGAACACCCCUCGCCGCCUCAUCUUCCGCCUUGGAGGAUCAAGAUGCAUUUCUCAAAGAGAAAGACAAACGAAAUCAAAGCUCGGAUGUUACAGGGUCUGGUCCAGGUAGUCCAUCUGAAAUGCAGUCAGCAACACCCAUGCCAGAUAAAAGGGUCCUUUUUACUGCUCUUGAUAAGUUUCAAAAAAAGGAUACCUAUGGAGUGUUUUCUGAACCAGUGGACCCUGAGGAGCUUCCAGACUAUUUUGAUAUUAUAAAAAAUCCCAUGGACUUUGGUACCAUAAGGAGCAACCUUGAAAGUGGUCACUAUACGAGCUUGGAACAACUUGAGAAAGAUGUUUUAUUGGUUUGUAGCAACGCAAUGUCCUACAAUGCAUCCGGAACAAUCUACUACAGACAGGCUCGCGCUAUACAGGAAUUAGCAAGAAAAACAUUUCAAUCUUUACGAUGUGACCCUGAAGGGAAUGAACUGGAAGGUGAGCGAAAAUCUGCACUAAAAGCAAAGUCCGUUUAUUAUUCUAAGAAGCCAUCAAGGAGGGGUAGAUGGGGAAGGUCUCGCUUGGAAUCCACCAGAUCAGACUUGGCUUUUGGUACAAGCCAUGCUAUCAGUGGAGAACGUGCAGACUGGUCUAAUGAUGCAGUGAAAUUAAGGAAGGGAGCUAUCUUGGACAAGUCUGGCACUUUCUUGGAGGCUACAGGACGAAAUCUUCAAGCGCAUUUCAAUGCAGAUAUUAACAGUCCAGCUGAGCUGUCAGAGGAAUUCUCAGGUUCAGUGCUGAAGGGAACAGCUUUUAGAGAUGGGAGAAGAGAGCUUCUAUUGGAAGAGAACCGCCGUGCUACUUACAAGCCAUGGAAUGUUUUAGCGACUGGAAAUGAGUCACUAUUUGUUACACUUGGUGGGGAUUCCAAACAGCUAAUUAAUUAUUUGCAGACUGGAAUUCAAUCAGAAUAUGCAUAUGCAAGGAGUCUUGCCCAUUUUUCAGCAGAGCUAGGUUGUGCAGCCUGGACAAUUGCAGCCAAGAAGAUAAAAAAAUCUCUGCCUCCUAAUGUGCCAUUUGGUCCAGGAUGGGUGGGUGAGUAUGAGGUUCCUCAUAGUGCCUUGCUGUAUCGUGAGGAGAGUAAUGAUCAACAAACUGCUAUCCCAUCUAAUGCCAUUCCAACUAGCAAUGAUGUAAAUAAGGUGGUUCAUUCAACAAGUGAUCAAACCUCUGCAAUAAAACAAGAAUUUGAAGGGCAAUCCUAUCUAUCUACCAGUACUAUGGUUGCUCCCACCUGUGUAGUCCCUGUGACUGAAUCUGCUGCAAUACCCGUAACUCAAUGUAUGAGUUCACAUGCGAUCAGUGAUAAAAUUAUGAAAUCACAUGCACAAGUAGUAAAAGAGAUUGGGUUGAAGUCAGCUUCACCAGUUGUGGAGUCCAGGGAGGAUGAUCUGACAGGUGCUAAGUUUGCAUCAGAUGUAUCCCAAUCGAGAUUGCUUGAAAUUGUCUCAAGAAAUUCAAAUAAUAGACUCAUGCAAUGGACAUCUACUAGACAGGCUGAUCGGGUACAACCUGUUUCUAGUCUUCGGGUGAGUGCUGCUGAAAGGAUAUUGGAUCCCACUUCAAACCAGACAGCCAGGGAGUCACAUGAUGAUUCAAAACUAUCAAGCAAUUCUGAUAGUCAUAAUGUUGCAUCAAAUACUGUAGAACCUUCUGCACCCAACUUUAAAGACACUGGAAGAUUUGCUCAGGCACCUCUGUCCACAUGUAGUCAAGAGCAUGUAAUGCAAGAUUUAAAUCAGAUUGUUAAUUCAACCCAAAGCAAAGUGCCUGGAUUGCAGCAGAUAGGUUCCAACAUGUCUAUCAAUACUCCAAUAUUUGGGUUUUCCUCUGCUCAAUCAAGACAGACAACAGUUAACCGAGGUGAUGCCAUGGCAGAAGCAUGGGCUCGAUCUCAAGCUGCAGAUCUUGUCCAUGGUGAUGCUACUACUGUAAGUAAAAUGCAGGUAACAUCCGACAGAUAUUAUAAUUCACAGCAGUCUCAAGUAAGGUCAUCUUCUAGUUUUCCUCAGUAUAUGCAACAGCAGACACCAUUCGAUAUGUCAUCAUAUAUGCAGUUACAACAGAGCAGGAUGCAUCCUCAGAGCAUGUCAAAAUUUUCUCACACGGUUUCUAGAGGGAAUGGAAACCAAAUGGCAGUUUCUUCAAAUUUAAAUACCCUUAAUCAAAUUAAUUAUAUGCAGACUCCAGUGGGAGCUGAAUUGCCCCAGUCCCAACAAAGCUUAUGGCAAUCUUUACCUUCUAAACACCCUUUUCAGCAGACCUCCGAUUAUUUGCAUUCAAUUCCACCUGAUUUGAAUGUAGGACUAGGAUUUCAGUCUCCGAAGUCCCCAGGUAGGCAGCCCUCUGGAGUGCUGACCGAUUCACAACCUGAUUUAGCCCUCCAGCUUUGAUUUAUUGAACAUUCUUCACCAGAUUCUUUGAUUUUCUGGUUAGAAGCAUGCAAUGUCAUGCCAGCAAUUUUAAUCUGUUGAUUUGCAAUGAAUCAUACAAAAUGAAGAGAUGGGCUUUUCCAAGAAAUAACCCAUUAUAUUGUAAAAGAGCUGUACAUGUACCAAUUUCUAGGCAACAUGAGCAAGGUCUGCCAUUAAUUAACAUUGUAUUGGUGAAUUUUAUAAUUCUAGGUGAAGAUCCACUUUAAAGAGUUUA